UGUGUCGCCUGUACAGUUCACACACACUUAGUGUCUCCAGUGUUCCUCCUGUCGCUGCAGUGUUGCGUUAUGUCAAUAUGCAGAAUGCGCGAGGAGAGGAGAGGCAAUCCAUAAUUGUUAGAAAGCAUGUCGAUUGAUUUACAGUUUCUAUAUCCACUCACUUCUUUGGAGUCCCUAAAAAAAAGUUUUUUGGGUCUUCCUCACACCCGUUUUUUUUCUAACGCAUGUGCGAAUGCUGUGCGUAACGCCACCCACAAAGGAGGCGUGAUGAGUGCGCCCAUGCAGCUUUGCGCGGUUAGUGUGCGUUAGUGUAGGGACUCCCCGCGCGCACCCACACCGCGCUCAGGAAUACCUUGGACUGAAACAUAUACGCAGAGGAUAGCCAGGGUCAGAGGACCGGACCGGGCAAGGCAGCACCAUGCACUCGACACUCCAGCCCCUCGGCGCACCUGGCACGUCGCUCCGCGCAGUUUUAAGGCGAUCAAUUCUCUCUUUGCGUCAGUUUUGCACUCCGCGUCAGGCUGGCAGCCGCGCAGCUCAACGGGGAGAACACGGCGAGUGGCUCAUAACUGCGCCCGUGUCCGCGCGUGGAGGAGCAAUGGACCGCAGUUGUACUUGAAGAGAGGCGCGGACAUGGAGAAUCAGGCGAAGUAUCUCUCAUCGGUGCAGCAGGGGAUGGACACGGUGCCGCCGCCGCCGCCGCCCCUCGGAGAGAUGAUGGGGAACAGCACCGAGACCGAGGCGACGCAGGACGGGGGAAAGGAUUUGGUGGCGCGGACGCUGACGGGCUGCCUGCUGUCCCUGCUCAUCCUGUGGACCCUGCUGGGGAACAUCCUGGUCUGCUCCGCGGUGCUGCGCUUUCGCCACCUGCGGACCAAAGUGACCAACAUCUUCAUCGUGUCUCUGGCUCUGUCGGAUUUAUUCGUGGCCAUCCUGGUGAUGCCCUGGAAAGCCGUGGCAGAGGUGGCGGGCUACUGGCCAUUUGGCACUUUCUGUAACGUGUGGGUAGCGUUUGACAUUAUGUGCUCCACCGCCUCCAUCCUCAACCUGUGCAUCAUCAGCGUGGACCGGUACUGGGCCAUCUCCAGCCCCUUCCGCUACGAGAGGAAAAUGACCCAGCGAGUCGCCUUUGUUAUGAUCAGCGUCACCUGGACGUUGUCCCUGCUCAUCUCAUUCAUACCGGUCCAGCUGAACUGGCACAAAGCCGGCAGUGACGACGCGGCCGGGGCGCGCAACUCCUCCACGAGUCUGCAGGUGGAGAUGGAGGAGAACUGUGACUCCAGCCUGAGCAGAGAGUACGCCAUAUCCUCCUCUCUGAUAAGUUUCUAUAUUCCCGUGGCAAUUAUGAUUGUGACUUACACCAGAAUAUACCGGAUUGCGCAAAUACAAAUCAAGAGAAUCGCGUCCCUGGAGAGAGCCGCGGAGCACGCGCAAAGUUGCCGGACGAACCGAAUCCAGUGCCAACACCACAACACCUUGAAGACGUCGAUACGGCGGGAGACCAAAGUGUUCAAGACGCUGUCGGUGAUCAUGGGCGUGUUCGUGUGCUGCUGGUUACCUUUCUUCAUCCUCAACUGCAUGGUGCCGUUCUGCGACAGGCCGGCGGCCGCGGGGCGGGCCGCGGGCCUGCCGUGCGUCAGCGAGACCACGUUCGACGUCUUCGUGUGGUUCGGCUGGACCAACUCGUCCCUGAACCCCGUGAUUUACGCCUUCAACGCCGAGUUCCGGAAGGCCUUCGCCAGCCUGUUGGGCUGCCGCAACUUCUGCGCCAGCACGCCGGUGGAGACGGUGAACAUCAGCAACGAGCUGGUGUCCUACAACCAGGACACCAUGACGCACAAGGAGAUCGCGAACGCGUACGUCAACAUGAUCCCCAACGUGGUCGAGUGCAUCGAGCACGAGGACACGUUUGACCGGAUCUCGCAGUUUUCUCACAACGACGAAAUCGCCACCGACUCGGUCUGUGACCUGGAGGACUGCAAGGCGGACAUCAGCCUGGACCGGAUGUCCUCCUUCACACCCAAUGGAUUACGCUGACUCCCACGUGUGUCUCCGGAUGUACUGAGACUCUAACGUCAUCGCUCAUUCGUCUCCUUUUGUUGGCCCAGAAACUGAACCCCACCACUUGCUCAUGGACACGUCAGCAGGGCGCACCGUGUCUCUGCGGCGGCCAGGUGCCGUGCCAACUCCCACCCCCCCCUCCCCGCAUUGCGUCAUGUAUGACAUGUGCUGUUGUUGUCCUGAAGAAGAAGAAAAAGAAGAAGAAGAAACAAACGAAACUAAGUUGAUGUGUUGGUGUUUAUUUACAUGACAACGUGAAGUGUCUGUGUUCGUUAUGGUGUCGUUUGAAGCUGUUGUUGUUGUUUACCGGAAGUCUUUGUUUACUCAGAGCCUCCGCGUCUCAUGUCCCGUCAACAAGGAACAAACAAAAAAACAACAUUUUUUUAGUAGAAACUCCCUUGAGGAAUCAUGAUGGAGAACUUUUUGCUGCAAGUAAACCUGUAUCCAGUGCCCUCCUCUCCCCUGAGUCCCCGAGGGAGGCCUUACAGACAGAAGAUGGUUCAGUCGUUCAGCGCCUUAUCUUAUUUAAGGAAGGGUCUUGAGACAGGAAUGUGUCCGAUGAAGUUACAUGAUGCCAAAAUGCAGUCUUAAAAGAGUUUACCCACCACAGCGACUCCCACAGCACACCCUCUCUGAUACACACACACACACACACAUUUACAUAUAUAUGUAUA